AUGGCGGCGUGCCAUCGCACCCUGCGCGGCACGGCGCUGUGGGACUCCAUCCACGCGGCGGACCACGCCUUCGAGGUCGGAGCGAACUACGUGGGCGACGCGUCCUUCGGCGUCACGGGCACCGUCGCCGCGGGCGCCGCGGGCCUCGACGCCUUCGGCUGCGUCGUCGUCGGCUUCAUCACGGCGCUCGGCGGCGGGACCUGCCGCGACGUUUUGCUGGGCCGGUUGCCCAUCUUCUGGCUCGUGGCCUGGGACGAGGCGCUGCUCUGCGUCGCCGUCUGCGCGGCGACCUUCUUCGCCUGGCCGCCCCUCGCGCGGCGCCGCGGGCUGAGCGUCGAGGGGGAGCUCCUGUUCUGGACGGACACGGUGGGCCUCGGCGUCUUCGCGGCGAACGGAGCGCUCGUCGGCGACGACAUGCAUCCGGCAGCGCCGCCGGGGCGCGAGCUCCACUUCGCCGCCUGCGCCGCUUGUGGACUCGUGACGGCGACGUUCGGCGGAUUGACGCGCGACGUGCUCCUGCGGCGGCCCGGGCGCAUCCUCUACGCCCACGCGGAGGUCUACGCGGCGCCCGCCUUCCUCGGCGGCCUCGCGACGACGGCGUGGCUGCGGCUCCACGGCCGCCGGCGGCGCGUCGAGGCCGUGCUCCUCGGCGUCUACGCGACCGUCCACUGCCGCGUCUUCGCCGCGGAGCGCGGCUGGCGGCUCCCCGCGUGGGCGACCGCCGCGCGCUAA